UAUUUUUUAUUAAUAUGCAGUGGAAACUUCAUGAUUACAUUAAAGGUUUUUUGGUGAAAACGUGGUCAAAAUGGUAGAUUUCUUAGCUGAUAACAAUGCCUGUGGACAAAACCUGCUACGACUGGUGUCCAGGGGUAAUGCAGUAAUUGCUGAACUUCUUCGACUAGCCGAUGUGGUUCCAGCUGUCUUCAGAUUGGAGAAUAAAUCAGACCAACUUAAGUAUGGAGAUGUCCUUUGUGAUUUUAGCUAUUUCCAGAUGGCAGACACGUAUGAUAAUAAAAUUGAAAGUAGUCCUCAAUUACAAGAUCGAGAUGAAGAAUUCAGAGAAAACUACAUUGAGAUAUUGACAAGAUUUUAUUUAGCAUUUGAGAGUGUCCACAAAUACAUGCUUGAUUUGAACAGGUAUCUCGAAGAACUAGAUGAAGGAGUGUAUAUACAACAGACUAUUGAAUCUGUUCUUCUAAUUGAAGAUGGGAAACAAUUGCUGAUGUACCUAGACUCCAAGCCACUCAACCUUUGCCUCCACAUGAUCUUCUAGCCUAAGCACCUGGAUUUCUAGAGUUCUAACUUCCUUUCAUUGUUCUGUUGUUUCUUCUCUUCUGAACUCUUUCUUGGACGUGACAUAUAAUAUUUCACUUACUUCUUGGCAAUUAUGUCUUAAACUUAAUAAACAACCUGCCAACGUAUUGAUUUACUAGCAUUUGUUUUGUAGUUAUAAAAGAACUGUGUGUUUACUUUCUAAUGAUUCAGCCUGUGAAUCUUGCUUUUAAUUACGCAUAUGUUACUAAAGUUCUUUGUUGCAUUAUUUGGUCAUCUAAUACAUACUGUAUAUUUAUAUCAUGUCCAGUUAAAUAUAUUCACUACUAGCUGAGUUUUUUAUAACAAAAUGAAACUGAAAACAUUUGCUAUGUAAGCAGCUGUUUCUGGAACUUAUUUGCUGAAAAUAUUGUAAAACAAGCUUGUUUUUUUCAUUAAAAUAACAUAGGAUUAUAUUACUGUCUGUAAA